AUGCAUCAAAUACUCCCCAUCUUCUGGUUGAGUCUAUUCUCAACCAUCCACGCCAAUAAAUUCAACAUCCUGCACCACCUCGGCGCCAACUCCCCCUGGUUCGCAGGACCAAACAUCAACAACAUCCCACCCACCAUCCCCGAUGAAUGCACCGUCGACCAAGCCAUCUACAUUGUCCGCCAUGGAAGUCGAUAUCCCGACCCGGGUGCCUCUGAAGAAUGGGAGGAUCUUUACAAGCUGUUCCAAUCAUCGACAUACAAUGCAUCAGGGUCGUUGAGCUUUCUUCCAUCGUGGAGGCCGGUAUUAAGGUAUCCGGAUGAAGAGAUUGGGCAGGUUUCUCUUACGGGGUAUAAAGAGUUAUAUAACCUCGGCGUUGACCUUCGAUUCCGAUAUCCAACGUUCUACCGAGGUAACUCGCCUUUUCUCCUCUGGGCGAAUAAUUAUCCUCGCACGAUUGAUUCAGCCAGACUCCUCGCCCUUGGCUACACAGGCCCAAACACCACCCUCAGCACAAUCUACACCAUCAACUCCACAGCCCCAGCCUCAAAAUCCAACUCCCUCGCCCCCUCAGACCAAUGUCCCAAUUUCUCCGACUCAAGCGGCGGCGACCACACCUCCACCUGGGACGACAUCUAUCUCCCGCCAAUAACGCAGCGACUGAACGAGUUGAUUUCCGGCGGGAAUCUAACACUCACGGAUGCGCAGGUUGCACUAUUCCCGUAUUUGUGUGCUUUUGAGACGCAGAUUACGGGGAGAAGGAGUCCGUGGUGUGAGGUUUUUACGGAAGACGAGGUGAGGCAGUACGAGUAUCGGCAGGAUUUGAGGUAUUAUUAUGGGACUGGCCCCGGGGCAGGAAAAAACAUGACAACAAUGUUCCCCAUCCUGCAAGGCAUCGUGAAUCUGCUACAAGGAGGACCAACAGCUACAGCCACAGCUAAAGUGGACAACAACAACACGACAACAGAGAUACAAUUACCACCUCUCAUUGUGGCCUUUACACACGAUAACCAGAUUAACGAACUGGCAUCGAUUUUGGGGGUUUUUGACAGGCAAGAACCGCUUUCUGCGGAUGGGAUUGAUGAAGAGAGGGUUUAUAUCAGUAGUAAUAUUACGCCCAUGCGAGGAACGAUAACAUUCGAACGGUUGAACUGCGAGGGAAACACGACGAAUAUUCGAUUCUUGCUUAAUGAUGCUGUGUAUCCUCAUCCAACAUGCCAUUCUGGUCCCGGUGAGAGCUGCCCACUUGAGCAGUACGUUGGAUAUGUAAAGGAGAAGCAAAAAGUGUAUGGAUCUUUUGCGUCUGUUUGUGGAUUGGCCGAGGAUGAAAUCUCCACGGCUGGGAGGGAUGGAGCGGUUACUUUUUUCCAGGACUUGACGCUUUCUUUUUUGAGGGCUGUGAAACCCUGA